CUUUCCCCAUUGCACCUGUUUCACCAUCCUUUCGCGCCCGUUGCCAGUGUCAAUUGCCAUUUUGAUGUCAUGCUUUGUCAAUGGCAUUUCCGAAGCUCCAUUUCUUUGUCCCGCGCCUUCCAGACGGCGUUUGCUGCCGCAGUGGGUGCAUGCAGCAGCAGUGAUAGCCUAGCUGCCCGGGAACAAUCAUCGUGACACAUUUGUGGCAUUAAGCUCGCUUCGAAGAGGCUGGGUGUCAAGUCCUGUUUUCUCCCUGUUCCUUCUUCAACCCCAAUUCUUCUGUCAAUUGCGUUCUGGCGCCAUGGGAGCGAGUAUGCGAUGGAUUACAAUCUGCCUGUCAUUACCAGCCUUCUCCUUCGCUCAGGCUACGCUCUCCCUCUCCCCUGCCACCAAGGCAGCCUCUGCAGGCGUCUCCGCGCCUCUUGAUGCAAGCUUUGCAGGCUUUGGCAUCGAGCCUUCGAAUCUCUUCUCGUUCACUGGCGGCGCGAACACGAACAAGUUCUCAGUCCAACUGCUGCAGAAUCUCGCUGAUUACUCUGGUACACCACCACAUAUACGGCUAGGGGGAAAUACCCAGGACUAUAUGGUCUUCGAUGAUUCGUUUGAUGCCUUUGAGUGGAAGACUAACGUGCAGUCGACGGCCCAAGGUACUAUUGCGGCCGACUCAAUGAUCAUCGGCCCUUCCUACUUCAAGGCCCUGGAUCGGUUCCCAACGGGUACGCCAGUCACGUAUGGAUUGAAUCUGGCAUAUUCCGGGUCAGACUAUGUCGAGAGGGUGGUUGCGGGCGCAAGAGCGGCGUUGAAUGGAAUGAAGAAUGUAAAGUUAUAUUCGUUCGAGAUUGGAAAUGAGCCGGAUCUAUAUCUUCAGAAUCAGAUGCGAAGUGGGUCGUGGGGCGGACACGUUUACACAAAACAGUUCCUGGAACGGGCGACGGCGGUUUAUAAUCAGGUCUUGAAACCUGCGGGGCUUCCGGCGUCAUUCUUCGAGGGUCCAGCAACAGCUUCGACAAUUGGAACGACUUUUGAAAUCGAUACGUUGGUGAAGAACGGCUUGAUUGAUAAAGUGAAUGGGAGUAACUACAUCUCAGCCUGGAACCAGCACGAUUACUUCUACUUCAUCGGCGUAUCGAACGUCCCUCUCACACUAAAUGAUCUUAUGAAUCUUGACAACACCAACUCCCAGUUCGCCUACUGGGAGAAGCAAGUCGCAAAAGGCCUGGAUACCGGCCUUCCCUAUGUCCUUCGAGAAAUGAGCUCCGUUGGUCCCAUUGGUAUGCACGGGGUAUCCGACGCUUUCGGCGCUGCACUCUGGACACUGAAUUUCUUUCUAUACGCUGCAAGCCUAAAUAUUUCCUCCGUGCAAUUACAUAUGACGGAUAACUCCAACGCAAGUGCCUGGCAGCCCAUCAACAUGUACGGCAAAGAUCCCUUCGUACGCCCGCAAUACUAUGCGCAUGUCGCUAUGGCGCAAAUCGUUGGGAACGGAAAUGGGACUACACAGAUCGACGUUUUGAACAUAGAUAAAGUACCGUCAGACUAUAAAGGGCGGCUGCGUGCAUUCACAGCCUAUGCGAACAGCAACCUGCAGGCCGUUAUAUUAAUCAACUCUAAACAAGCCAACGCUUCAUCGACCAACAAAGUCAGCUUCACAUUCAAAGUCAACUUCGGCUCCAACAACGCGGAUAAAGAUGUAUUCCUCUCAUAUCUCACAGCUGAUGGCGCAGACUCCCUUACCGGCACAACCUUCAAUGGUGUCUCGUACUCCGAUUUGGACGGCAAAGCCAGCACCGUAAACGAUACUGUGACUACACUCCGUACCUCCAGUUCAGGAUCAGUCUCCAUCUCCGUCCGAGAUUCACAAGCCGUGAUCGCGAAUCUAAACUGGUUACUUGGAAGUAAUGCAGUCCUGACCAGCAAUUCCACAAGCGCAAGACCUACGCCGAAGAAAAGUACGGCCGGGCCGACGAUGAUGGGAGGUGCGAGUACGGCGGUAUUUACGGGGGUCGUGACCAUGACUCUUGCGCUUGCGAGACUAUGUAUAUAUGGUGGUGUCCUAGGUUUACGAAGGGCUUGA